AUGGUGUGCCACAUGUGGCAACUCAUGAGUGGCCAGCUUCGGUCAAUGGCACCCACUCUGAUGAAUCCCAUCACUUCAUCUAUGGAUGGAGAAGGCCAUGGAGGUCGUCCCAUCGAUCCAUACAUCAGCAACGGCUUCGAUUUCUUUGCCUUCGCGGUUCUAAAUUGCUCGGCUUUCAAUUGGGAAUCUCACAAGUAUGGUUGGUGGAAGAAUUUGGAGAAGAAGGUUGCAUACCUUGCUAGGUGCGGGCUUACAUCAGCAUGGCUGCCACCAGCUACCCAUUCAUUCUCUCCAGAAGGAUACCUACCGCAGAACCUCUAUUCUCUUGACUCUUAUUAUGGUUCUCACCUUGAAUUGAAAGCUUUACUUCAAAAAUUGAAUCAACACAAAGUCAGAGCAAUGGCUGACAUAGUUACCAAUUAUCGAGUUGGGACAACUCGAGGACAUGGGGGAGCAUACAAUCAGUAUGAUCGAAUUCCACUAUCAUGGAAUGAACAUUCUGUAACAUCAUGUUGUGGUGAACUGAGUUCUCUUCUUAUAUCUAUGUACCGAAGCACUGGUGAUAACUUUCAUGGAGUUCCGAACAUAGAUCAUACCCAAGCAUUUGUAUGGAAAGACAUAAUUGGAUGGCUAAAAUGGCUUCUCAAAAGUAUUGGUUUUCAAGAUUUCCGUUUUGAUUUUGCAAAAGGCUAUGCACCAAAGUUUGUAAAAGAAUAUGUUGAGGAGUCAAAGCCAAUGUUCUUUGUAGGGGAAUAUUGGGAUACCUGCAACUACAGUCCUGAUUAUUGCUUCGACUACAACCAAGGGCAAACAAUAUCAGCCUCUAUGACUACAGUCAAUAUUGGCAGAAGUUGACUUUAGGAAGAGAUGGACUUGAGAAAAUCUGACAAUUGCUGGCAUUAGCCUUAGUAAUUUUAUGGGCUCGGUGAUGACAAAUUUGGAGAUAACUUUGAGUGGUGUUGUAGGAAGGUAUCCAGGUUAACAAUUUGUUGAUGAUCCAUGAUUUAUAGUGUUGGUCUUUGCUGGACUGUGUUUGUACCCUUGCUGUAUGAAAUUGAUACUCUAACUAGAGCUUUCAGAAAUUGGUAGAGAGUUGGAUUCCUCCAACAAUGAGUUCAACCAACUAUGAUAAUGUUAAAAGUAAACCUUUUGUUUGUUUUAGAGAUGGAUUGGUCAAGAAUGUUCAUACUAGAACAACUUUGUAAAAUUUUAUUUUUCUAAAAUUUUGAAGCUAAUUGGGAGGUUUGGAUGAGAAACAUGUAUCUUGGAAGAACUUUAAUGAACUUAAUAUUUUCUUCUAUAAAAUUUUUAGGUAUAUUUUAGUUAAAUUCUUUUCUACAUAACCCUCUGUCUCCUUGUUGAGUCAAACACUUGAAUUCGUCCAAAUCUGAUUCUCAUCUACACUGGUAUUGAAUAAAGAGAUUAUGCUAUCUAAAUUUGGUGAUUACCUUUCCCAUAGGGAGGGAACUAGAGUGCAGGUGUAUGUCUAUUGAAGAUCCUAUAUCCUUAGCAUGCUUCUCCCAACUUGAAUGUUAGAUUGCUUCAAGAGGCCUAAAUUUUUUGAACAAUGUGAAUUGCUACAUGGAAAGACCAAAACUUUAGGAAAAUGUCUCGUAAGCGAACCAAUAACAACUCAAGGAAUUUUAGCAAGUUCUUGUAAUUGUAAUGCAAUGAUUCCUAUAACAAUUAUUUUAAGUUAGAAGGGAUGGGUAACAGGGAGGAUUCAUCAAAGUGAUCAUCAACGAAACGGGACCACUAGGAAGGACAUCAAGACCAAGGAACUUAAUGGAAUACUUGUGAAUAAUGCAAAGCUUCCAAAUGUUAAAAAAAAAAGAUAUUUGAGAGCCAAGUGAAAGAGCAAGCACAGAAGAAGUUGUAUGAAUGUCAAGAAAACAUGGACAUGUCCUGUAUAGAUUUGGAUUUUGGAGUGAUAGGACAGUUCCUUGAAGAAGGUAGCAUGUACAAAUUUCAGCAAUGCUUAGAAUUAUCUUUUAGAAUGGCAAAUAUAUCACAUAAUUGGUAAUUAACAUGUAUGUUAGAGUGUGCGAAAUUUGUCAAUAUUUGAUAAUCAUAAUCGAUCUUCUCUUAGUCCAAGAUAACCUGAAUCAGAAUUAUUUAUA